AUGUCUCCAGAUGCCUCUAGCCGGUCUGACGCGACAGUAGCUCACGAACAGGUCUCGCAGGGUCCUGGGGCUAGCAACUUGCAAGCGAAAAGUAAAGUUCCUGAGCACGACAAUGGCGAGCACAUGUCUUCAUUCUUUCCCGAUAUCUUUGUUGCUUCUCCGGCGACAGGAUUGCAGUUGGAUACUGAUGCUGGCUUCUCAACGGGCGAUAGCACCUCACAGACUCAGUCUCUCCUUUCAGGGUUAACACCGCUUGUUCCUCCAGCGGGGCCACCUGUGUCCUCGGAGCUGGGGAUUUCCCCAGAGAUGCAGGCGAAGCUGAUCCAUGACUUCUUUGACUUUGUCCAUUAUUCCAUCCCAUUAUUCCGGAAAGAAGACUUUCUCCGGCAGUACGAGGACGGAUCGAUCAACCGUUCUCUGCUGCUUACUGUCCUAGCUGUCACGGCAAAGUCUCUCGGCCUACCUCACGGUUGGCAGGUAGCCAAUAUCGAGACGACCGACCCGUUGAAUGGCCCGACCCAGCCGGCCCUUUUGCUGGACGCGUUCCGGCAAAGCUGCUUGCUCGCAUUUUAUCGUUUCCACCAGGGUCAUGGUGGGGAUGCAUGGGACUAUAUCAGUUGCCUCUCGCGCAAAGCCCUGCGAUUAGGUCUGCAUCAGCUGGAUUCCACUGAUCGAUACAACUCGUUUGGCGACAUCUUGGCAAGUUCAGCCAACCUGGAAGAAUGGAGAUAUGUUUGGUGGUGUAUCUACUGCUUGGACUCCUACUCGAACACUACGGCAGCCACCUUCUUCGUCCUGGAAAAGGAGAGCAUACAGACCGCCUUGGUGGCUACUUCUCUGGAGGGUUCAGGCGAUGGCCGCAUUGGCAGUCCUGUGACUCAAUUUCUGCCCACAGAUACCAGGGACCUGUGGCGCAUCUCGGCGGAAAUGGGAGCUCUCAGUACCCCUUCCUCGUAUUUUAACAUGCAUAUCGUCACAACAACUCUCCUAAGAGAAGCAGCGUCUAUUUUUCGGUUAAGGAGGCAGAACGCUUCAGAAAGUCUUCGGGAGCGACGAUCUCAAUUCGGAGAUCAUCUCUCAGCAGUGGUGCUUUCCUUGCCUCCACAGUUUCUCCGCGAAGCUCGCAACGCUUUUUCCAAUGAAUCUAGUGUAGACCAUCAUGCGCGGCUUGUCUGUCUACUUCAUCUGCACGCGGCACGACUUUUGAACACAAUCACGUUCGAUCUGUCGGACGAUGCGGCGUGGAUGACGUCGUGGGAGCGAUCGCUGGCCCUUUCCGAGGACAUUGUGGAUAUCAUCAGAGAAUGGGACAGCCGGUACUGUUCGACUGUCGAUCCAGCCAUUUGUCUCAUUGUAUUCUGUACCUUGAUUCUACUCUACCUACAUGAAAUGCACGAGGCCAUGCCUGGAGUGCCUGCCCUUUCCGAGAGACUCCAGGCAGAGAAGAACAUACUGCUGUUGUUUUUGGAACAAUUUGCCCGAAUCUGGGCCCUUCCGAGGUCACUCAAAGCGUCGUUCGAGAAAUUCACUAGUGUUGUCCAUGGUCCACUCUCCUCCUACGACAUUGGCCAGCUGCUGAUACAAGUGCCUGGGCCCUUUCGGCCAUGGAGGGGACUCCUUGGUCUCGCACCAAAUCCGCGGGACCCGUUGCUUACUCCACAGGAAUCCGGAAUUGACCUUUCUGGGCUUGAUUUCUCGUUCGACUUUUUCUCCCCUUUAUGA